CGGGUACCUUCUCUUGCUUGUCUUCCCUGCAGAGGUCGCACCAGAGGUCGUCCAACUCACCAUGAAGCUGCUGCUCCAGACUCUGUGUAUCUGCUUGGCCUUGGGCCUUGUCACACCGCAUCAUGGUGGAGAGCAUUUACAAGCAGAUGACCCGGCUCCACCAGAUGCGCCAGUAGCGAUAGAUCGCUGUGAUGGGAUGGAAAUGGAUGCGGUAGCAUUAGAUAUGGACGGAAUUCCAUACUUUUUCAAAGAUGGCUGGUUCUUCAAAGGCUUCCACGGGAAGGCCCAGAUGGCCAAGGACUCCUACCUGGAGCUGAAGGACCACCAGCAUCUGGGCCAUGUGGACGCAGCCUUCCGCCUGCACCAGCCCGACCACCCGGAGCACGACCACAUGUUCGUCUUCCUGGACGACAAGGUGUUCGUCUAUGAGAACCACACCCUGGAGCCAGGCUACCCCAAAGACAUCAAGGAAGUCUUCCCCGGCAUCCCAGACCACCUGGACGCCGCUGUAGAGUGUACGGAGGAGGACUGCAAGGCCGACCUGAUCAUCUUCUUCAAAGGCGAUGAUAUCUACCACUUCAACGUCAAGGAUAAGACAGUGGACGAGAAGGAGUUCAGCAGCAUGCCCAACUGCACCUCCGCCUUCCACUGGCUAGGCCACUACUACUGCUUCCAUGGACACCAGUUCUCCAAGUUUGACCCCAUGACUGGAGAGGUGCACGGCAAAUAUCCCAAGGACGCCAGGAGCUACUUCAUGAGGUGCCCCAAGUUUGCUGAUGAUGCUGACCACGCGGAGAGAGAGCGCUGCAGCCACGUGCACCUUGAUGCUGCCACAUCUGACGACGCUGGAAAUGUGUAUGCAUUCAGAUCGCACCACUUCUUGUACAUGGAAGGAGAGAAAAUGCACUCUGACACCAUUGAGAGUGCAUUCAAGGAAUUGCACAGUGAGGUGGAUGCUGUCUUCUCCUACGAAGGACACAUGCACAUGAUCAAGGACAACGAAGUGUUUGUCUACAAAAUUGGGGAGCCACACACACACCUGGAGGGCUACCCCAAGAGCCUGAAGGAGGAGUUUGGACUUGACGGGCCUGUGGAUGCCGCUUUCAUUUGUCAAGAUCACCACAUCGCACACGUCAUUAAAGGCCAAACCCUCUAUGAGGUGGACAUGAAGGCAACCCCUCGUGUGCCUAUAAAGGACGGGCCCUUCACCCUGUUCAAGUACGUGGACGCCGCCAUGUGCGGCCCUGACGGAGUCAAGAUAAUCGUCGGCAACCAUUUCUACCACUUCGAGAGCCUGAUGGUCAUGAUGACUGCCAAGCACGUGCCUGAGCAGAAGAGGGUGUCGACUGAGCUGUUUGGCUGCGACCACUAGAGGGAGCCCCUCACUCUGUUAUGAAGAACGUGGGGACAAUGGCACAUGCAGGGAUAGGGCUACUACAAUGCUGGUUCAGGAUACGUUAAGGUCAAGUUAAGAAGUAAAUCAUUUAAUAGAAGAGCCUGGAGUUCUCAUUGUCUUAGGAAAAUUUCUGAAGAAAAGCUCUUGUAUUAGAUGAUUUACCUUAACCUUACCUUAACUUAUCCUGAACCAGUUUUGUAGUAUAGGCCCGAGAGGGGUAUAUUAAUAAACUGGUUCAGGAGUAAACCAGGUUCAGUUGAGAGGUAAAUAAUCUAAUAGAGGAUUUUAAGAGGACUCUUCUAUUAGAUGAUUUACCUCUUAACGUAACCUGGUUUACUCCUGAACCAGCUUCUUAGUAUAGGCCCCUGGACGCAUAAUGUGUAAAAGCAAAACAAAAACAUCAACAUCAAACUCCCUGUUUGUCGCUGCUCUUGCUAACUACAUGUGUAUAGCCAGUCUGACAUUGCAACAUUUCCUGUGUGUUAUUUCUACCUCUGAUUACACUAUUCUGUUCAUGUCCUUUCCUCUCCUCCUCAACAUAAAGUAAAGUACAUACACCACAGAAUUUGCAAUAAAUGUUUUCCAUGCCA